GGCGGGCGGGGAAGCGAGCAGCGGGGUAGUGCCCGGGCGGUCACCGCAGCCAGGCCCGGGAGGAUAAGCGGCGCCCGGGGCGGCGGCGGCCCCAUGGGCGGGCGGCCGCGGUGAGGGCGGCAGCAGCAAGAGCAGCAGCGGCGGCGCCUGCGUCCGAGGGAGGCAGCGGGGGGCGGGCGAUGUGCGCUGCAGCCGCCGCCGCCUCCUCCUCGGCUCCCGUCGCCGCCUGCAGCGGGGCCGAGGGCGGCUUCUCCGCCUCGUGGCGCGGCACCGGGGCCUGGGCGGCGGCGGCGCCCCGCGACGGCUCGGUCAUGGGGCUGGCGGCGCUGCCGGGCCCGCCGCCGGGGCCGCUGCCUGCUGGCUGCCGAGGCCGCUCCCAGCUGCUGCUGUCGGGCCGGGCCCUGGCCGAGCGCUACCGGCGGAUCUACACGGCGGUGCUGAGCGACCGCGACCCGGGCGGACACCCUGGCGCCAGGGGUAAGAAAAUUUUAAGCAAGAAAAAACUGAAACGGAAGCAGAAGACUAAAUUGAAAGUAAAAACACGAAAUAAGACUGAAAACCUAGAGAGUAGUAUAACCAUACCGGAUAUCAGACUACACAGCAAUCCUUCAGCUUUUAAUGUGUACUGCAAUGUUCGCCAUUGUGUUUUGGAAUGGCAAAAAAAGGAGGUAUCCUUAACUUUGGCAUCAAAGAACACUGUACAAAGUGGGGAUUCAGAUAGUGAUGAAGAGGAGGAGUCCAAAGAGCCACCCAUCAAACUUCCAAAGAUCAUUGAAGUUGGACUAUGUGAAGUUUUUGAGCUGAUCAAGGAGACGAGAUUUUCUCAUCCGUCACUGUGUCUCAGGAGCCUACAAGCCCUACUUAAUGUGCUCCAAGGCCAGCAGCCAGAAGGCCUCCAGUCAGAGCCUCCUGAAGUUCUAGAGUCUCUCUUCCAGCUUCUUUUGGAAAUAACUGUCCGUAGUACUGGAAUGAAUGACAGUACAGGGCAGUCCUUGACAGCACUUUCCUGCGCUUGCCUCUUCAGUUUGGUAGCUGCAUGGGGAGAGACGGGAAGAACACUGCAGGCAAUCUCUGCUAUCCUGACCAAUAAUGGCAGCCAUGCUUGUCAAACUAUUCAGGUGCCAACCAUUUUAAACUCUCUUCAGAGGAGUGUACAAGCAGUUUUGGUGGGCAAAAUCCAAAUCCAGGACUGGUUUGGUAAUGGGAUAAAGAAAGCAGCCCUGAUGCACAAAUGGCCACUGAAAGAAAUAUGUGUUGAUGAAGAUGACCAAUGCCUGCUGCAGAGUGAUGGUUUCUUUCUGUAUCUUUUAUGCAAAGAUGGACUUUACAAAAUUGGCUCUGGAUAUAGUGGGACAGUGAGGGGUCAUAUAUACAAUUCUACAUCUCGCAUCAAAAACAGAAAAGAGAAAAAAUCUUGGUUAGGGUAUGCUCAGGGUUAUUUGUUAUAUAGAGACGUGAACAAUCACAACAUGACAGCCAUAAGAAUAAACCCUGAAACCUUGGAACAAGAUGGUACGGUCACUUUGCCAGAUUGCCACACUGAAGGUCAGAACAUCCUUUUCACAGAUGGGGAGUAUAUUAAUCAGAUAGCAGCUUCUAGAGAUGAUGGCUUUGUAGUUAGAAUAUUUGCAACGAGUACUGAGCCAGUACUGCAACAAGAACUGCAGCUCAAACUUGCCAGAAAGUGCUUACAUGCCUGUGGUAUAUCUUUAUUUGAUCUCGAGAAAGAUUUGCACAUUAUCAGUACAGGGUUUGAUGAGGAGUCAGCUGUUCUGGGUGCAGGAAGAGAAUUUGCACUAAUGAAAACUGCUAGUGGAAAGAUUUAUUAUACUGGCAAAUAUCAGAGCCUUGGAAUCAAGCAAGGUGGUCCUUCAGCUGGAAAAUGGGUUGAACUGCCAAUCACAAAAUCUCCAAAGAUUGUUCAGUUCUCAGUUGGACAUGAUGGUUCACAUGCCUUACUUGUUGCAGAAGAUGGAAGCAUAUUCUUUACGGGUUCUGCUAGUAAAGGAGAGGAUGGUGAAUCAACGAAAAGCAGACGGCAAUCAAAACCUUAUAAGCCUAAAAAAAUUAUUAAAAUGGAAGGGAAGAUUGUGGUAUCUACAGCGUGCAAUAAUGGAAGUAGUUCUGUCAUUUCAAAAGAUGGAGAACUCUACAUGUUUGGAAAAGAUGCCAUUUACUCUGAUAGCACAAGUUUAGUAACAGAUUUGAAAGGCCAUUUUGUGACUCAGGUAGCCAUGGGCAAAGCUCAUACAUGUGUGUUAAUGAAGAAUGGAGAGGUUUGGACGUUUGGAGUGAAUAAUAAAGGACAGUGUGGACGAGACACAGGCUCCAUGAGCCAGGGAGGAAAAGUAGGUUUUGGAGUUGAGAACAUGGCAACAGCAAUGGAUGAAGAUCUAGAAGAAGAACUGGAUGAAAAAGAUGAGAAGUCUAUGAUGUGUCCCCCAGGCAUGCAUAAAUGGAAGCUGGAACAGUGCAUGGUGUGCACUGUGUGUGGGGACUGCACAGGCUAUGGAGCCAGCUGUGUUAGUAGUGGGCGUCCAGACAGGGUACCUGGCGGUAUCUGUGGCUGUGGCUCAGGUGAGUCUGGCUGUGCUGUAUGUGGUUGUUGCAAAGCCUGUGCUAGAGAACUGGAUGGUCAAGAAGCCCGACAAAGAGGGAUCCUUGAUGCUGUCAAAGAUAUGAUACCUUUAGAUCUCCUGCUGGCUGUUCCUGUUCCUGGGGUUAAUAUUGAAGAACACCUUCAGUUACGACAAGAGGAAAAGCGGCAACGAGUAAACAGAAGGCAUAGAUUGGAGGAAGGUAGAGGCCCCCUUGUAUUUCCUGGUCCUAUUUUUAUGAACCAUCGAGAGCAGGCUCUAGCCAGAAUAAGACCCCAUCCAGCACAGCUAAAGCAUAAGCGGGACAAGCACAAAGACGGAAGCGGAGAAAGAGGUGAGAAAGAUGCCAGCAAAAUCACAACCUAUCCUCCGGGGGCUGUUCGUUUUGACUGUGAACUCCGAGCAGUGCAAGUCAGUUGUGGAUUUCAUCAUUCAGUCGUUUUGAUGGAGAAUGGUGAUGUUUAUACGUUUGGAUAUGGACAGCAUGGACAGUUGGGUCAUGGAGAUGUUAAUUCCAGGGGAUGCCCCACUCUGGUGCAGGCAUUACCAGGUCCUAGCACACAAGUUACUGCUGGAAGCAACCAUACAGCUAUUCUCUUAAUGGAUGGACAGGUGUUUACAUUUGGAAGUUUCUCUAAAGGACAGCUUGGCAGGCCAAUUCUGGAUAUGCCAUACUGGAAUGCAAAACCAGCACCUAUGCCUAAUAUUGGAUCUAAAUAUGGACGCAAAGCUACAUGGAUUGGAGCAAGUGGAGACCAGACUUUUCUUCGGAUUGAUGAAGCUCUCAUUAAUUCUCAUGUGCUGGCCACAUCAGAGAUCUUUGCAAGCAGGCAUAUAAUAGGUUUGGUACCUGCUUCUAUGUCAGAGCCUCCUCCAUUUAAAUGUCUUCUCAUAAAUAAGGUGGAUGGCAGUUGCAAGACAUUUAAUGAUUCUGAACAGGAAGAUCUUCAAGGGUCUGGCGUAUGUCUGGAUCCUGUUUAUGAUGUUAUUUGGAGGUUUCGACCAAAUGCUAGAGAACUGUGGAGUUAUAACGCAGUUGUUGCUGAUUCCAGGCUUCCUUCAGCUCCAGACAUGCAAUCACGAUGUAGUAUUCUAAGUCCAGAACUUGCUCUUCCAACAGGAUCAAAAGCUCUAACCACCAGGUCUCACGCAGCUUUGCACAUUCUAGGUUGUCUUGAUACAUUGGCUGCUAUGCAGGACUUAAAAAUGGGUGUAACAAACACGGAAGAGGAGACUCAAGCAGUAAUGAAAGUUUAUUCCAAAGAAGACUAUAGCGUUGUUAACAGAUUUGAAAGUCAUGGAGGAGGUUGGGGUUAUUCAGCCCAUUCAGUGGAAGCGAUACGUUUCUGUGCUGAUACUGAUAUUUUACUUGGUGGUCUUGGCCUGUUUGGAGGAAGGGGUGAAUACACAGCUAAAAUAAAGUUGUUCGAAUUGGGUCCAGAUGGGGGAGACCAUGAGACUGAUGGAGACCUUCUUGCUGAGACUGAUGUUUUAGCAUAUGAUUGUGCUGCUAGAGAAAAAUAUGCAAUGAUGUUUGAUGAACCAGUUCUCUUGCAAGCUGGUUGGUGGUAUGUAGCAUGGGCACGAGUGUCAGGGCCUAGCAGCGACUGUGGAUCUCAUGGUCAGGCAUCCAUUACUACAGAUGAUGGUGUUGUUUUCCAGUUUAAGAGUUCCAAGAAAUCAAAUAAUGGUACAGAUGUUAAUGCAGGACAGAUCCCUCAGUUACUGUACAGGCUGCCAACAAGUGAUGGCAGUGCAUCAAAAGGAAAACAGCAAACCAGCGAACCUGUACAUAUUUUAAAGAGAUCUUUUGCAAGAACAGUCUCAGUGGAAUGCUUUGAGUCUUUGUUGAGCAUUCUUCACUGGAGCUGGACAACAUUAGUGCUAGGAGUAGAAGAGCUUCGGGGGUUGAAAGGAUUCCAAUAUACUGCCACUCUUCUUGAUUUAGAGAGAUUGCGUUUUGUGGGCACUUGUUGCCUGAGGCUUCUGCGGGUCUACACCUGUGAAAUAUAUCCCAUUUCAGCUACUGCUAAAGCUGUUGUCGAGGAAACUAGCAAACUAGCAGACUGCAUUGGGAAAACUAGAACUCUUCUGAGAAAAAUUUUAUCCGAAGGAGUUGAUCACUGUAUGGUGAAGUUAGACAAUGACCCCCAAGGAUAUCUGAGUCAGCCCCUGAGUCUCCUAGAAGCUGUUCUUCAGGAGUGUCAUAACACUUUCACUGCCUGCUUUCAUUCUUUCUAUCCAACACCAGCUCUACAAUGGGCAUGCCUUUGUGACUUGCUGAAUUGUUUAGAUCAGGACAUCCAGGAAGCAAACUUCAAAACAUCAAGUAGCCGGCUUCUUGCAGCUGUUAUGUCUGCCCUUUGUCACACUUCUGUAAAGUUAACCUCCAUCUUUCCUAUCGCUUAUGAUGGAGAGGUGUUGCUACGAUCCAUGGUCAAACAAGUCAGCACUGAGAAUGAUUCUGCACUGGUUCAUCGUUUCCCACUGUUGGUAGCACAUAUGGAAAAACUUAGUCAGAGUGAAGAAAAUAUUUCAGGAAUGACAAGCUUUCGGGAAGUGCUAGAGAAAAUGCUGGUUAUUGUUGUGUUUCCAGUUAGAAACAGUCUUAGACGAGAAAAUGAACUCUUCUCUUCUCAUUUAGUUUCUAAUACCUGUGGAUUACUUGCUAGCAUUGUCAGUGAACUUACAGCUUCUGCACUGGGAUCUGAGGUUGAUGGACUUAACUCUCUCCAUUCUGUCAAAUCCAGUCCAAAUCGAUUCACUAAAACAAGUCAGGGAAGAAGUUGGAAUACUGGUAAUGGAUCCCCUGAUGCAAUCUGUUUCUCUGUGGACAAACCUGGUGCAGUAGUGGUUGGAUUUUCUGUUUAUGGAGGAGGUGGAAUUCAUGAGUAUGAAUUGGAGGUGUUAGUUGAUGAUAGUGAUCACACUGGCGAUUCAACUCAUUCUCAUAGAUGGACAUCAUUAGAGUUAAUUAAAGGAACUUAUACCACAGAUGAUUCCCCCAGUGACAUAGCUGAAAUCAGACUUGACAAAGUUGUGCCUCUGAAGGAAAAUGUGAAAUAUGCAGUCCGCCUUAGAAACUAUGGGAGCCGUACUGCUAAUGGAGAUGGAGGAAUGACCACGGUCCAGUGUCCAGAUGGUGUGACAUUUACAUUCAGCACAUGUAGUUUGAGCAGCAAUGGCACAAACCAAACACGUGGACAGAUUCCACAGAUUCUUUAUUACAGGAGCGAGUAUGAUGGAGAUCUACAGUCGCAGCUUUUAAGCAAAGCUAAUGAAGAAGAUAAAAACUGUAGCAGAGCUCUUUCUGUUGUGAGUGCUGUGGUACGCUCUGCCAAAGACUUGUUGCACAGAGCUCUCGCUGUAGAUGCUGAAGACAUUCCAGAAUUGCUCAGUUCUUCCAGUCUGUUUUCAAUGCUGCUUCCCCUUAUAAUAGCCUACAUAGAACCAGUAGCUGAAGCUAUUCCCAAGGUUGCUGUUGAAGUCUUUGGCCUAGUACAACAGUUACUUCCUUCUGUAGCUGUUCUGAAUCAGAAGUAUGCCCCUCCUGCGUUCAAUCCCAAUCAGUCUACAGACAGCACCACAGGAAAUCAGCCUGAACAAGGGCUGUCUGCUUGCACUACCUCUAAUCACUAUUCUGUCAUAGAGAGUGAACACCCCUACAAACCAGCUUGUGUUACACACUAUAAGGUAACUUUUCCAGAAUGUGUCAGGUGGAUGACAGUAGAGUUUGACACGCUAUGUGGCACUGCUCAAUCAGAAGAUGUACUUCGCUUGUUAAUUCCUGUUAGAUUUGCUCAGAACUCAGGUUUUGGACCAAAGCAAACCUCUGUUCAUGAAAAUCUUAAUUCUUGGAUAGAACUAAAGAAAUUUUCCGGUUCAUCUGGAUGGCCUACCAUGGUUUUAGUGUUACCAGGAAAUGAAGCACUGUUUUCCCUGGAGACUGCAUCAGACUAUGUGAAAGAUGAGAAGGCUUGUUUUUAUGGCUUUAAGUGUUAUGCAAUCGGUUAUGAAUUUAGUCCAGGAUCUGAUGAGGGUAUCAUUCAGUUAGAGAAAGAGUUGGCCAAUCUAGGAGGAUCGUGUGCAGCAGCUUUAAUGAAAAAAGACCUAGCACUUCCCAUCGCAGGUAAUGAAUUUGAAGAAGAUCUUGAGAUUCUGGAAGAGGCUGCAUUGCAGGUGUGUAAAUCUCACUCAGGCAUUCUUGGAAAAGGCUUAGCACUGUCUCAUUCACCAACAAUAAUAGAAGCUCUUGAAGGGAACCUUCCACUGCAGAUGCAAAGCAAUGAACAAUCCUUUUUGGAAGAUUUCAUUACCUGUGUAUCAGGUUCAAGUGGUGGACGGCUUGCAAGAUGGCUUCAGCCAGAUUCAUAUGCUGAUCCUCAAAAGACAUCCUUGAUUCUAAAUAAGGAUGACAUCCGAUGCGGUUGGCCUACUGUUAUUACAGUGCAGACAAAAGAUCAAUAUGGAGAUGUUGUUCAUGUUCCAAAUAUGAAGGUGGAGGUCAAGGCUAUUCCUGUUUCCCAGAAAAAAACAUCUUUGCAACAUGAACAAGUGAAAAAACUCCAAAGGAUACCAGGAAGUCCUGCAGCAGCUGCUUCCCCGGUCACUGACAUGACCUUUGGAGGACUCCCUUCACCAAAACUCGAUGCUUCUUACGAACCUAUGAUAGUGAAAGAAGCUCGAUAUAUUGCUAUAACAAUGAUGAAGGCUUAUGAAAAUUAUUCUUUUGAAGAAUUACGCUUUGCCUCACCGACGCCUAAGAGACCCAGUGAAAACAUGUUGAUUAGAGUCAACAAUGAUGGCACUUACUGUGCUAAUUGGACUCCAGGAGCUGUUGGUCUCUACACUAUUCAUGUUACUAUAGAUGGCAUUGAAAUAGAUGCUGGAUUAGAAGUGAAGGUAAAAGAUCCUCCAAAAGGGAUGAUACCACCUGGAACUCAGCUGGUCAAACCAAAAGCAGAACCUCAGCCAAACAAGGUUCGCAAAUUUGUGGCCAAGGACAGUGCAGGGCUUCGUAUCCGUAGCCACCCUUCCCUUCAGAGUGAGCAAAUAGGCAUAGUGAAAGUCAAUGGAUCCAUCACUUUUAUUGACGAGAUCCACAAUGAUGAUGGUGUAUGGCUGAGACUGAAUGAUGAGACAAUAAAGAAGUAUGUUCCUAACAUGAAUGGUUACACUGAAGCCUGGUGCCUCUCUUUUAACCAGCAUCUUGGCAAGAGCCUUCUGGUCCCUGUUGACAAUGUCUUUAAUGCUAGCCAAGGAGUCAGGGAUUUGGACUUUUUUUCAUGGACUGCCAAAGCCUUUUCCCCCCAGGAGUCUAGGUCUAAUACUGAUGACUUUUUCAAAGAUUUAAAUUCACACUGCCCACAGGAAGCAGUGAUGCAAGAACAAGAUAUGCCACUACUUCGAGGUGGACCUGGAGUGUACAAGGUAGUGAAGACUGGCCCAUCUGGUCACAACAUCAGAAGCUGCCCUAACCUUAGAGGUAUCCCAAUUGGAAUGUUAGUUCUGGGAAACAGAGUCAAGGCAGUGGGCGAGGUGACUAAUUCUGAAGGUACAUGGGUACAAAUGGAUAAGAACAGCAUGGUAGAGUUCUGUGAGAGUGAUGAAGGAGAGGCAUGGUCCUUAGCUAGAGACAGAGGUGGAAACCAGUACCUCCGACAUGAAGAUGAGCAAGGUCUUCUAGAACAAAAUGUUCAGACUCCUCCUCCAAGUCCUUUUUCAAUACAAGCUUUCAAUAAAGGGACAAGCUGUAGUAACGGGCAAGGAUUUGAUUAUGGCCUGGGAAAUAACAAAGUUUUGACUGUUUUGCCCACUGCAGGUGACCAACUGAGUGCCAUACUGAAUUCCAUUCAGUCACGGCCUAAUCUCCCAGCUCCUUCCAUCUUUGAUCAAGCUGCAAAACCUCCCUCUUCCCUAGUCCACAGUCCAUUUGUGUUCGGACAGCCCCUUUCCUUCCAGCAGCCUCAGCCACAGCUUCAGAAAACUCCAUCCUGCUGCCUUGCUUCUCGUGAGCGUAUUUACAAAACUAGUGAUGUAGCUGGGCCUGCCUCUGCUAUUUCAUCCCUCUCUCACAAACUAAAGGGUGACAGAACGAAUUUCACAGCUGCUGCUAGACCAGUUUCUCCAGCAGGGAAAACGGAUAUCUCAUCAAAACACAGGGCUGAGAGCAGGUCACCCAAGCCCGACAUGCGUGUGAACAGAACUAUUGCUGAUCAGAAGAAACCAAGGAGUACAGAAGGUUUAUCUGCCAGUGAGUCUCUUAUGCUGAAAUCAGAUGCUGCAAAGUUGAGAUCAGAUUCUCACAGUAGAUCGUUAUCUCCAAACCAUAACACUUUGCAAACAUUAAAGUCUGAUGGGAGGACAACUUCUGGUCUUAGAGCUGAAUCACCAGGGCCAGGAACCCGGUCUUCAUCUCCAAAGACAAAGACACUUACUGCAGGUAGGCCUGGUGCUAGUUCUCCCCGAUCAUCGUCUCCACAAGAUAAGGCACUAGCUCAGAAAACUUCAGCUCCUGUUAAAACAAAGCUUGAUCCUCCUCGGGAACGAUCCAAAUCAGACUCUUACACUCUGGAUCCAGACACGCUUCGCAAGAAGAAAGUACCACUAACAGAGCCCUUGCGUGGAAGGUCCACUUCACCCAAACCAAAAAUUAUCUCAAAAGAUGUAAAACCUGUGACUGAAACUGAAAAUAGAGCUCCUUCCCCUCAUGUUGUACAAGAAAAUCUUCACAGUGAAGUUGUUGAAGUUUGUACUUCAAGCACUUUAAAGACUAAUAGCAUCACAGAUAGCACAUGUGAAGAUAACUCUGAAUUCAAAAGUUUAGAUGAUAGUUCUAAUAAAGUUCAUUUCAGCAUAGGAAAAGCACCCCUAAAAGAUGAACAGGAUAUGAGAGCUUCUCCAAAAGUAAGCCGUAAGUGUGCUGGUAGGCACACAAGACCAAAAAAGGAAAAAUCUGGCUUUCUUUUCAAAGGAGAUGCAUCCAAACCUAUAGAGCCAGCCAAGCAAGCUAUGUCACCUUCUGUUGCUGAAUGCGCUCGAGCUGUCUUUGCUGCCUUCCUGUGGCACGAAGGAAUAGUCCAUGAUGCUAUGGCUUGUUCAUCUUUUUUGAAAUUUAAUCCAGAUCUUUCUAAAGAGCAUGCCCCUAUCAGAAGCAGUCUGAAUCAACAACCUACAGAGGAAAAAGAAACUAAGUUGAAAAAUAGGCAUUCAUUGGAAAUAUCAUCUGCUCUUAAUAUGUUUAACAUUUCACCUCAUGGACCAGACAUAUCUAAAAUGGGCAGCAUCAACAAAAACAAAGUCCUCUCUAUGCUAAAGGAACCACCUCUCCAUGAGAAAUGUGAAGAUGGAAAAAUGGAAACUACCUCUUUUGAAACAUCCAGUCAUCACCCCAUGAAAUCUAAGUCUCUUCUUCCCUUAACACUGCAGCACUUGGUAGCCUUUUGGGAAGACAUUUCUUUAGCAACUAUCAAAGCAGCUUCCCAGAACAUGAUUUUUCCAAGCCCUGGUUCCUGUGCUGUGUUAAAGAAAAAAGAAAGUGACAAAGAUAAUAAGAAAACCAAAAAGGAAAAAAAGAAAAAAGAAAAGGUUGACGCUAGGCCAAGGGGAAAUCUUUUUGGCGAGAUGGCUCAGCUUGCCGUGGGAGGACCUGAGAAAGAUACCAUCUGUGAGCUGUGCGGUGAAUCCCAUCCAUAUCCAGUGACUUAUCACAUGAGACAGGCUCAUCCAGGUUGUGGCCGAUACGCAGGUGGCCAAGGUUACAAUAGUAUCGGACACUUCUGUGGAGGAUGGGCUGGUAAUUGUGGCGAUGGUGGUAUUGGAGGAAGUACUUGGUAUCUGGUUUGUGAUAGAUGCAGAGAAAAAUAUCUCCGUGAGAAGCAAGCAGCAGCAAGAGAGAAGGUUAAACAAUCCAGGAGAAAGCCAAUGCAAGUUAAAACUCCUCGUGCCUUGCCAACCAUGGAAGCUCAUCAAGUGAUUAAAGCCAAUGCACUGUUCCUGCUGUCUUUGAGCAGCGCUGCUGAGCCUAGUAUCCUGUGCUAUCAUCCUGCAAAACCUUUCCAAUCUCAGCUUCCCAGUGUCAAAGAAGGAAUUUCUGAAGACUUUCCCAUCAAAAUGCCAUGUCUCUAUCUACAGACUUUAGCAAGGCAUCAUCAUGAAAACUUUGUUGGUUAUCAGGAUGACAACCUGUUUCAAGAUGAGAUGAGAUAUCUGCGUUCAACUUCAGUACCUGCACCAUACAUAUCAGUCACUCCUGAUGCAAGUCCUAAUGUCUUUGAGGAGCCAGAGAGUAACAUGAAAUCUAUGCCACCGAGUUUGGAGACCAGUCCAAUAACAGAUACAGAUCUGGCAAAGCGCACAGUCUUUCAGAGAUCAUACUCAGUUGUUGCAUCAGAAUAUGACAAACAGCACUCAAUUUUACCUGCACGGGUCAAGGCCAUUCCUAGGAGAAGAGUCAACAGUGGAGAUGCAGAAGUGGGGUCCUCUCUCCUGAGACAUCCAUCUCCAGAACUUUCUCGGUUAAUCUCAGCUCACAGCUCUCUUUCUAAAGGAGAGAGAAAUUUCCAGUGGCCAGUAUUGGCAUUUGUAAUUCAACACCAUGAUCUUGAAGGACUUGAAAUAGCAAUGAAACAAGCCUUACGGAAAUCUGCUUGCCGUGUCUUUGCUAUGGAGGCUUUUAACUGGCUCCUCUGUAACGUCAUUCAAACAACUUCUCUUCAUGAUAUUUUAUGGCAUUUUGUGGCUUCCCUGACUCCUGCCCCUGUAGAACCUGAGGAAGAGGAAGAUGAGGAGAACAAAGCAAAUAAAGAAAAUGCAGAACAAGAGAAAGAUACAAGAGUAUGUGAGCAUCCACUGUCAGAUAUAGUGAUUGCUGGUGAAGCAGCUCAUCCAUUGCCCCAUACUUUCCAUCGUUUGCUUCAGACCAUCUCUGAUCUUAUGAUGUCUCUUCCCAGUGGUAGUGCAUUACAGCAAAUGGCCUUAAGAUGCUGGAGCCUCAAAUUCAAGCAAUCUGACCACCAAUUCCUACAUCAGAGCAAUGUCUUUCAUCACAUUAACAACAUUUUGUCCAAAUCUGAUGAUGGUGAUAGUGAGGAGAGCUUUAGUAUUAGUAUACAGUCUGGUUUUGAAACCAUGAAUCAAGAGUUGUGUAUAGUAGUUUGUCUGAAAGAUCUAACCAGCAUUGUUGAUAUCAAAACAUCAAGCCGACCUGCGAUGAUUGGCAGUUUGACAGAUGGGUCUACAGAAACCUUCUGGGAGUCAGGAGAUGAAGAUAAAAACAAAACUAAAAACAUCACAAUUAAUUGUGUAAAAGGAAUCAAUGCUCGUUAUGUAUGUGUUCAUGUAGACAACUCCCGAGAUCUUGGGAACAAAGUGACUUCAAUGACUUUCCUCACUGGUAAGGCAGUAGAAGAUCUUUGCAGAAUAAAGCAGGUUGACUUGGAUUCGAGACACAUUGGUUGGGUAACAAGUGAACUUCCUGGUGGAGAUAAUCACAUCAUUAAAAUCGAAUUGAAGGGUCCAGAGAACACACUAAGAGUCCGACAAGUGAAAGUUCUGGGAUGGAAAGAUGGUGAAAGCAUUAAAAUCGCAGGCCAAAUCUCUGCAAGUGUAGCUCAGCAAAGAAACUGUGAAUCUGAGACCCUACGAGUAUUCCGACUUAUUACAUCCCAGGUGUUUGGAAAACUCAUCUCUGGAGAUGCUGAGCCAACCCCGGAACAAGAAGAAAAAGCACUGUUGUCUUCCCCAGAAGGAGAAGAAAAAGUACACAAUGCAACAUCAGAUGCAGACCUUAAAGAACACAUGGUGGGGAUCAUAUUCAGCAGAAGCAAAUUGACAAAUUUACAAAAGCAGGUGUGUGCUCACAUAGUCCAGGCAAUCCGAAUGGAAGCAACCCGCGUGCGUGAGGAGUGGGAGCAUGCCAUCUCUAGCAAGGAGAAUGCCAACUCUCAGCCUAAUGAUGAAGAUGCAUCCUCUGAUGCUUACUGCUUUGAGCUACUGUCCAUGGUUUUAGCACUGAGUGGUUCUAAUGUAGGUCGUCAGUACCUGGCUCAGCAGCUGACUCUGCUUCAGGAUCUCUUCUCGCUCCUACAUACUGCCUCUCCCAGGGUGCAAAGGCAGGUAACAUCAUUACUACGCCGUGUUUUGCCUGAAGUGACCCCUAGUCGGUUGGCUAGCAUCAUAGGAGUAAAAUCCCUGCCACCAGCAGAUAUCAGUGAUAUCAUUCACUCAACAGAAAAAGGAGAUUGGAAUAAAUUGGGCAUCUUGGACAUGUUCCUGGGUUGUAUUGCCAAAGCACUCACUGUACAACUAAAGGCCAAAGGAACCACAAUAACUGGAACAGCUGGCACUGCUGCAGGCAAAGGAGUUACUACAGUAACACUUCCAAUGAUUUUCAAUUCCAGCUAUAUUCGGCGAGGUGAAAGCCAUUGGUGGAUGAAGGGCUCAACUCCUACACAGAUAUCAGAAAUCAUUAUUAAACUGAUUAAGGACAUGGCAGCAGGUCACCUCUCUGAAGCUUGGUCCCGGGUAACAAAGAAUGCCAUUGCUGAAACCAUCAUUGCUCUGACCAAAAUGGAAGAAGAAUACAGAUUGCCAGUGCGAUGCAUUGCAACAACCAGACUCUGGUUGGCCUUAGCAUCCCUCUGUGUGCUUGAUCAGGACCAUGUGGACAGACUGUCUUCUGGAAGAUGGAUGGGAAAAGAUGGGCAACAGAAACAGAUGCCAAUGUGUGAUAACCAUGAUGAUGGUGAAACUGCUGCAAUCAUUUUGUGUAAUAUCUGUGGAAAUUUGUGUACAGACUGUGACAGAUUUCUUCAUCUCCAUCGGCGAACAAAGACUCAUCAGAGACAGGUAUUCAAAGAAGAGGAAGAAGCUAUCAAAGUUGAUCUUCAUGAAGGCUGUGGUAGGACCAAACUUUUCUGGCUAAUGGCACUUGCAGACUCUAAAACUAUGAAGGCCAUGGUGGAGUUUAGAGAACAAACAGGCAAACCUACAACCAGCAGUUCUGAAGCAUGUCGUUUCUGUGGUUGUAGAAGUGGAACAGAAUUAUCAGCAGUAGGCAGCGUCUGUUCUGAUGCAGACUGCCAGGAGUAUGCCAAGAUAGCUUGUAGCAAGACACAUCCUUGUGGUCAUCCAUGUGGAGGUGUUAAGAAUGAAGAACACUGUUUGCCUUGCCUGCAUGGCUGUGAUAAGAAUGCUACAAGUCUGAAACAAGAUGCUGAUGAUAUGUGCAUGAUCUGUUUUACUGAAGCACUUUCAGCAGCACCAGCAAUCCAGCUGGACUGCAGUCAUGUAUUCCACUUGCAAUGCUGUCAGCGAGUACUAGAAAACAGAUGGCUUGGGCCAAGGAUAACUUUUGGGUUUAUGUCUUGUCCUAUUUGCAAGAACAAAAUUAAUCAUAUAGUAUUAAAGGACUUGCUUGAUCCAAUCAAAGAACUCUAUGAAGAUGUAAGGAGGAAAGCUCUAAUGAGGUUGGAAUAUGAAGGAUUGCACAAGAGCGAGGCCAUCACAACACCUGGUGUUAGAUUUUAUAAUGACCCGGCUGGCUUUGCCAUGAACAGAUAUGCUUAUUAUGUUUGCUACAAAUGCAAAAAGGCAUAUUUUGGUGGUGAAGCUCGCUGUGAUGCUGAGGCUGGACAAGGAGAUGAUUAUGAUCCAAGGGAGCUUAUUUGUGGUGCAUGCUCUGAUGUUUCAAGGGCUCAAAUGUGUCCCAAACAUGGUACCGAUUUCUUAGAGUACAAAUGCCGCUACUGCUGCUCAGUUGCUGUGUUCUUUUGCUUUGGGACAACACAUUUUUGCAAUGCUUGCCAUGAUGAUUUCCAAAGAAUGACCAGCAUCCCUAAAGAAGAACUUCCACAUUGUCCUGCAGGUCCCAAAGGCAAACAGCUUGAAGGAACAGAAUGUCCACUUCAUGUUGUUCAUCCUCCCACUGGUGAAGAAUUUGCUCUAGGUUGUGGGGUUUGCAGAAAUGCUCACACUUUUUAAAUUAGUAAUUUUUAACCAGAGCAAAACCAUUGAUGUCAUCCCACAAGUGUCCUGAGCGUAAACCCCAGUUGGGAUGAGGAUGGGACCAUUUCCUAAACCGGGUAAAAGGAACAAUUUACAGUGCAAGAAGGAUGCCAAAUACUGUGUACAUAACACUUGCUGUGAGAAAAAUGACAUUUUUUUUGAACCAAGACAUCAAACUUGUGAGGUGUUUGCAUGUGGCCAUUACAGUCAUCGGCUAUGAAGCGUUGGACAUUUACAAAUAAAUACUUGCUAUUAAAGGAUCUCUGUGUCUGUGGACUAUGAAUGAUGCUGGCUUUCAGAUGAAGAAAGAAAAGAAUAUUGAUUAUUGUAUACUGACUUUUUGUAAUCCUGUACAAUUGUAACUGCAUCACAGGUGAGGGUGGAAAAGAGGAAUAUUCUGGUUUCUUUCCUAGACUGUUAUAAAAAAAAAAAUUGUGUUAGAAAGGCAUAAAUAUAACAAGUAUCACGCUGUAUAUAAAGGUAUCAAUGUUUGUCCUGUAUAAGAAUUACUAAAUUACAACAGCAGUUUCAUUUAAACUUCUGGGUAAUGUUUGAGCCUGAAAUUUUAAUGAAGUGCAAUACUGAGUGUGCCUCAUAUCUUGCAGCUGUAAACAUAAUGGAAUGUACAUGUCAAUAAAGCCACUGUACAUUUUUAUACAGUGUGAAAGUCUAA